AUGGAUGAAGCUACUAUGCUUAAGAAGAGAGGUUAUACAAUUGGCAAACAUUUAGGAGAAGGAUCGUACGCAAAGGUGAGGUCAGCAUAUUCUGAACAUCAUAAAUUUAACGUAGCCGUAAAAGUGAUUGACCGGAAAAAAUCACCAGCUGACUUCCUUGAAAAAUUUCUUCCACGUGAGAUCGAGAUCUCAAAAAUAAUGAAACACCACUCGGUUGUAAAGAUUUAUGAGAUUUUUGAGACAGCAGAUGGCAAGGUCUACAUCAUCAUGGAGCUGGCUGUUCAUGGAGAUCUGCUAGAUUUCAUCAAGGAAAAGGGGCCAUUGUCAGAAGAAUUGGCAUGCAGGAUGUUUCGCCAACUCGUCUCCGCAGUGAAGUACUGUCACGAUCUAGAUAUUGUCCAUAGGGAUUUGAAGUGUGAGAACCUUCUCUUAGAUAAGGACUUCAACAUCAAGCUCUCAGACUUUGGCUUUGCACGACAUUUAGCCCGCAACAGCUCUGGCAAGAUUAUUCUUAGCAAAACUUUUUGUGGAUCACCAGCCUAUGCUGCUCCAGAGAUAUUGCAAGGUAUACCAUAUCAGCCCAAAGUCUAUGACAUCUGGAGUCUGGGAGUAACUCUUUAUAUUAUGGUUUGUGGGGUAAUGCCUUACGAUGACUCCAACAUCAAGAGAAUGCUGCGCCUUCAGAAGGAGCACAGGCUAGAAUUUCCACGCUCUAAACACAUCUCUAGCAAGUGCAAAGAAUUAAUUUAUGGUAUGUUGCAGCCAGAUGUUACACUUCGUCUAACAGCAGACCAGAUUUUGAAUCAUGGCUGGCUGCAGCUAACCCAAAAACCUAAGGAGCAGAAACCCACCAUAAAAAAAGUAGUGACCGCUGGAAUUCAUACAAACGUGAAGGAGGAAAACAAUCUGGACAAAGUUCUCUGUACAUCAGAGGAUGAAGAACCCAUAGUUAAGGAAAAGCAUCUGCAGCAAAAGAUAGCUAGCACAGCUUUAGACAUGGAAGUUGAAGAGGACAUACUGAAAACUAAUCCAGAACACAGCCAGAACACCCCCAUGUAA